GCUGCGAAAGCACCAGAAUAAAAUACACGAAUCACAGUCGUCCCAUCUCUUGGAUACAUUAAACGUAAAUAAUUUUUUUAUCACAAUUAUCAUUACCUCAUUUUUGAGGGUAUUAAAAAAAACAAGCUAAAAAGUAUUUGAAAAAGUGAAUUUUAAAAUUUGGUAUUCAUGUCAAACUGAUUGUCAUCAAUGUUGUGAAAAAUUUUUGUAUUGUGAAGUUGAGUUUACGCAGGUAUAAUUAGUAAUAUGUGUAAAAUUAAAUUUGUCAUGUCAUUAAUCGUUGAAGAUCGUUGAAUGACAAUAACAAUUUGUUGACAUUUAAAAUAUAUAAAUUUAUAUUGCAUAAUUAUGUACCAAAAAUAUUCAUGGUAUUUAAUGUUUACUUUUAUUUAAGUGUAACACAAAUAAUCAAGCAAAAACAUCUUGACUUGAAGACUCCAAGUGAAUAUUGUUGAAAGCAGAUUGAAAAUAAAUAAAAAAAGAAAUAAAAAACAACAUAACUCAGUGUUCAAGUAUAGUGCAAGAUCAAAGUUUGAUGUUGAAUAAAAAAAAAAAAUAUUUUGGCAACUGGUACUGUAUACAAAAGUUACAAUGUCAAACAGGUAACUCAAUGUGACGUAAAUUCCAAACGUUAAUCAACCGUCACCUGUGACGAGACUCAGGAUUUCGGUAAAAAAAAAAUUAUAUACAAAGAUCGAUAGCAUAUUUUAUACAUUACAAAACAAAAAUUUAAUAAUAAAAAAAAAAAAAACAAAAUGCCUCCUCUUUAAAUAAUAUUUAUAAAAACAUUUUAUGUAAAAAAAUCUUAAAUUGUUUAUAAAUUAAAAAAUUUAAAACUAAAAGAAUGAAAUAAUAACAAAGCAAUUUAAAACGUACUAAAAUUAAUUUACAACGUACUCAUCUAAUUCAGUGAUAAAAAAAAUAAUGAAAUAAUAACUGCAAUUACUUGACUAGUCAAACAUAAAGUACUUGGAAUACUAAAACAAAAUAGUCGCUCAUUUUUUAUUACUGUUUAUCGACAGCCAAGGAGACUUAUAUAAUAACCAAAUAAUUAAUAAAUAAUGAAAAUAAAAAACACAUAAAAUGUUGUUAAGAUUGUGUAAAUAAUUAUAUUUCGGACCAAAAAAAAAAAACAAUCAAGUGGAGGAUAAUAAUUAUUUUUAAAGCAUAAAUUAUUAUAAAUAAUUAAUCAUCAAAGUAUAUAAAAAAAAGCAAGCAAAUAUAUAUAUUAUUAUAUGUACACUAAAAGUUUGUGUAAUUGAAAAUUAAACAGUACAUAUAUUAUGUGUAAUGGCAGUAAUUUAUCUUUCCAUAAUGAAUAUAAACUAGAUGAAUAUUUAAGUGAUAAUAAAAAGACAAAUGUAUCAUCAAUUGUGUUUAAUAAUACGGUGACUGUCGUUGCUUGCGACGGCAGUUACAAAUAUAUUAUUAUCAAUAAUAACAAUAUUAAAAAUACUGAUUUACAAUAUAAUAAAUGUCAAAAAAAAUCAUUAUUAUAUUUUGAUAAAAGAGAAUAUCAAAAAUAUUUUAAUUACGUGUAUUGGUGUCAGCCAAGACGGGGUCCAGCACCGGGGAGAAUACAAGGCCCCCGGUGCAGGCAAACGCGGCCGAGAUAAAAUAUUUCAUUUUAAAGCAGGGUGUAACAACGGCCCUAAAGACGCGGGCACGCACAAUCGCCUCGUCUGCCAGGGGCAGAAUCGAGUGGCGACGGCGCCGACGGAGAAGACGAAAAAAGAGAAAACGACGAAGGUGCGGCGUUGCAUCGUCAGCGAGCUGGACGGGAAAUCAAACAAUAUCAUUGACGAUAGUGGUUUGUUGUAAAUUUUAACAUCAUUAUAGUACUUCAUCUUAACAGGUGAGAAACAUUAAUGGAGUGAUAAACCUGGUCGUAUAUAAAGCGUCAACGCUAUUUUAAAACUAAAAGUUUUGUGUUUCAAUUGUUUAAAGUGAUCAGCCAGAGUGAUAGUGAAAUUUAGCGAUAUGUAGCAACGCAUUCAAUGUAGUGAUGUUGUGAAGGUGAAUCUGAGUACAAAAAAAAAAAAAAAAGAAAAAAAAAAUAAUAAAUCUCAUUCUAAUCUUAUUAAAGUGUACGUACGUAAUCAAAUUUUGGAUACAACAAAUAAUUAAGUUAGUUACAGUGUGAAUAAUAAGUGAUUUUUAUGUCAGUACAAAAGUGAUUGUAUUGUGUAUUAUAAUAAAUUUUUUUUUAUUAUAAUUAUAAAUUAUAAAUUAAAAAAAAAAAAAAAGCUAUAUAUAUAUAUAAAUAAAUAAAUAAAAGUGGGGAGCGUGAGAUUACUGGUGAUAGUUGUAAUAGCAUGAGUUCGUAUUUUGCGAAUUCGUACAUUCCAGACCUGCGCAAUGGCGGGGUGGAUCAUUCCCAUCAACAUCAGCAGCACUAUGGUGCUGCGGUUCAGGUGCCUCAACAAGGCCAAAGUGUUCAACAACAGCCACAACAAGCAGCUGAUCCAUGUGAUCCAAGCAUGCUUCGACAAGGUGUACCAGCUCAUCAUUAUGGUGCAGCAGGUACACAACAAGGUAUUCCAUAUCCAAGGUUUCCACCUUAUGAUAGAAUGGAUAUACGAACAGCAGCAUAUUAUCAACAACAAGAUCAUACAAGUAUGGAUGGUAUGUCGGGGUAUAGAUCAGCAUCACCUGGUACGGGGAUGGCUCAUAUGGGCCAUACACCAACACCAAAUAGUCAUCCAGCAACACCAAUUGUCUAUGCGAGUUGCAAGCUCCAGGCGGCGGCGGUGGAUCAUCAGGGUAGUGUACUUGAUGGUCCAGAUAGUCCACCUCUUGUUGAUAAUCAAAUGCAUCAUCAAAUGCAUACACAGCAUCAACACAUGCAAGCACAACAACCACAUCAACAACAAUCACAACAUCAGCAUAUACAAACACAACAACACAUGAUGUAUCAGCAGCAACCGCAACAGCCAAAUAGUCAACCUCAACCUGGUGCAAUGCUACCGCAGCAACAAGCACAAACGCAGCAGCAUCAAUCUGUUGUUGCAUCACCUCUCAGUCAACAGCAACAGGGUGGACCCCAAGUUGCAUCAAAUGCCAAUUUACCCAGUCCAUUGUAUCCCUGGAUGAGGAGUCAAUUUGAAAGGAAGCGAGGACGACAAACGUAUACACGUUACCAAACCCUAGAAUUGGAAAAAGAAUUUCAUUUUAAUCGAUACCUGACGAGGCGAAGAAGAAUUGAAAUAGCCCAUGCACUUUGUUUAACAGAAAGACAAAUAAAAAUUUGGUUUCAAAAUAGAAGAAUGAAAUGGAAAAAAGAAAAUAAAACAAAAGGUGAACCAGGCUCAGGUGAUGGUGAUACUGAUAUUUCACCACAACCUUCACCACAAGGUUGAAAUUUUCUUAACUAAUUGAGAUAAAAAAUUAAAAAAUCAACAUAAAAGAGUUAAUAUCAUUUAAAGAUAUUAUCAUCUUUUAAAGUUUGCAAUUAAUGCAAUCUUGUCCUCAAGCACUACCUCCAAUUUUCCAAUAUACUCAUCCUUAUCCAACAUGAUCAUUAAUAAUUGAAUUGAUAAUAAUAGUUUUCCUUUUUUUUCCCUCCUUUCCUCCCUUUAAAUAAUUCCUUAUCCUACGAGAUUCCAUGCGAUAUGACUUCCAAAUGACGAUUGUCUUGUCGUGUUAUAAUCAAGUUGCUCGUACCAAAAAUAUGACAAAGAUAAAUAAAACAAUAAAAAACAAAAAAAAAUGAUUAUUGAAUCGUAAUUGUGGACGUACUCAAGACAGUGAUGGUGAACGAAAUAAAAAAGAAAUUGGAUAAAUCAGUGGAAAAAAAAAUUUAAAAAAAAAAAAAUUUUAAACACGGGAAUGCGCAAUUCUAAAGAAACAAGAAUAAAUGAGAUAAUUAUUAAGAGAAUAAGGAAAUAAAAAAAAAUUAAAAAACAAAAAAAUAACAAAAAAAAAUUGAAAAUUAAUUUAAAGAAAAAUGCGAUGUUAGAAAAAAACUGGAUCACAUGCUAAUCAGAACCACGUUAACCUCUAUUACGUUUAAUCGAAUGUAAAUUACGAAAACUUAGCUAUAAAUUAAAUAUGUAUGUAUAUACUGUCAUGCAUACGUAUAUAUAUAUAUAAUAUAUAUUUAUUAUGUAUGUAUAUAUGUACAGACAGAGAGUAAGAUAGAGUGAAAGAUAGGGCAAGAGAGAAAAUAUAUCUAAUUUAAAUAUACAAAAAAAUAAAAAAAAAAGAAAAAAAAGUAAAUAUGAUGAAAUUAUAUAAUAGGUGUAAUAAUUUGAUUAUCCUGUGAAUUUGUCUUAUGAGUACGUGUGUGUUUAUCAAGUAAAACAAAAUAAUUAUAAUUAUAAUGAGAGGAAGAGAGAGAGAGAGAAUGAGAGCGAUUGUUGGGUAUUGUAUUUUUUUGUUUAUUACCUUUCUCAUAAUGGCAUUGAUCAUAUUUAUCGAAUUUUCUUUUAGCUAUGAAUAAAUAGAAGAAUAUAAUGAUGAUCGAGUUUUUAAGAAAAUGUUUUGUUUAUUUAAAAUGAAGAAAAAAAUAUAAUUGUAUAUUGUAUAACAUUGGUUGAUAAUUGGUGUCUUUUGGGGUGAAUGAAAAAAUGCAGUGUGGUUGAGUCGGGGUGGUGAGUUUGUAUAAAAGACGAACCAAAGACAAGUCGUUGACUUUUCUUUUGCUAGUCAACUGCAGCUUUUUAUUCAUGCCAAAUUUAUCAUAUUUAUUCCAAGUUAUACACUAUAUUUUUCCUGUAACCCACUGUGAAUAUACUGCACAAAUUUUAAUGAGUAAGGAGCCACAGUCCUGCAUGAUUCCUUAAACGUGUGUAUAUGUGAGUUUAAAAAUUUUUUUUUUCAUUAUUUAUUUUAUUUUUAAUAAAUGCAAUAAACAAAUAAUUUUACACGAGAAUUUAUAAUCUUGUAGGAUCGUUGGUACUUUAAAUAUUAAAAUUCGUGCUAAUUGUUUUCUUUUUUUUUCUUGUUUUCUUUAUUUUCCUAGUGGAUUUAUGGAAAAUAUAUAUACUUGAAAAAAUUAAAUGAGGAUUCUGGAAUGCUCAACGAGGGUUAACAUAAGAUUCGUGCCAAUGUGUUUAUUAAAUCAUCAAAUAAAAUUCAAUGAAGUAAAAAAAUAAAGUGUAUUGUCUGAAAAAAGUUGUACAAAAAAAAUCCUAGUGAAGUUGUUUUUGUUUUUUAAUUAAUAAAGUGGUGAUUUUAAUAAAAGUGAAAUAUUAUUUUAAUGAAUUAAAUUAACAAGAGGAGAUUAUGAUGAUAUAAGUUUUGCCUGAGUGGGGGCAUUUGACGAAUCCAUCAAUAGACCCGAUCAGCAAAGAUACAUUGUCAAACUAUGAAACACAUCUUCGUCGUUCUACAUCGUACCAGGUCAGUCCUGUAACAAAAAAAAAAAAAGACAAUUGUAAAAAAGCUAAAUUUGAUUUUUUUUUAUUUGCUAUUUAAUGAGAAUCAGAUGGAGUUUUUUUUUUUUUUUUUAUACAAAAUUUUGAGAAUACCACUGGUUGAAAUAAAUAAUGUUUAAAUUUUUUAUCAUUAGAAUGUUUUAUAGUUUUUCGCGUGUCAUUCUUAGAAGUAAUAUGAAAUAAAAAAUUUAAAGAACAAAAAAAUUAAUAAAAAUUAAUAUAAGGUUAUGAUAACGACAAAAAAAUCAAGCCACCAACAAAAUGCAAUAUGUAUUUUUUUUAUUUUAAAUUAUUUUGAGCAAAUGUAUUUGUAAAAAUUAAUGAAAAUUUUUGAAAAAAUAUAAAAUUAACUUCAGCUUUUUAAAAUUAUUAUUUUAGCAUGAAAUAUUGAUUAGAAAAUUUUUCAAAAUUUAAAUAUUAUUACUUUUUUAAUUUUUCUAUUAAAUGUGUCGAUAAUUUUAAGAAAUACAUAUUUGCAAAAUUAUAAAAUUAAAAUAAAAAUAACACAAUUGUAGGCUUGUUCAAUUUAAAAAUUUAUUUCGAUAAUUAAUUGAAUUAUCAUUUACUAAAUAAAAAAAAAAGAAAUUAUAAGAAAAAAAUGCCAGAAUACGUAAUUAAAUUGAAUUUAAAAAAUUCAGAAUUUAUAUUCUGUUUGGAAAAAAAUUAAAAAUUAAUAUACAAAUUGACAAACAACCCAGUGACUUGAGCUGAAUAGGAAUCAAUAUUUAAACUGAUAUAUGUGAUCAUGGUCCAUGAUGCCUAAUUUCAUUAAAUAUUUAUUUAGAAUUUUUUUUUUUUUAUUGCGAGAAAUGUACAUAUACUUGUAAUCGCAGACAAAAUUAUAUGAUAACAAUAUUUUCAAAUACCACUUCUUCCUCUUUUACUUGCUUUCUAAUUUUCUAUUAAGUAAUUUAUUUAAAUUCAAUUAUUUAUAAAUUCAUUAUCAUUUAUCAUGCAAUUUAAAAAUUAAAAAAACCUGUCAACAAACUUCGAAAGUAUCAUUCAAAUGAUUUUUCAUGUAAUUUAUUAACAAACUGAUGACUGCAUAAAUUUUACUCAAAAGAAAAGCCAAUUGAUUCAAAUAUUUUAAUGAUUUGCAUACAAUUAAAUCAAUACCAUUUUUUUUUUAUUCAAACAAUCAUAAAUAACAAAAAAAAAAUAUUAAAAAAAAGUAAUAAAUAAAUGUUUUUAUCACAAUUUAUAAUCUUUUUAAUUAUUUAAAUUUGCGUGCUGAUGAUAAUUGUCUAAAAGUGCAAUAAUACGAUUGGCACAUUUUUUAUUUUCUUUCGUUUUUAAAUAAUAAAUUUAUAUAUGCAUGUAUGACUGCUACUAAUUUUUAUUAUUCACAUACAAGUGUUAUUAUUAUUAUUUAAUUGUUUGAUUUUAUUUUUUAUGUCAAAUCAUAUCUCAAUUUGUACAACCUGCCAAAGAAAUUUCGGCCUUUUGUUGCCUGUCAAACUACAAGAUAGUUGUGUAAAGUGGCAGCUAUAAAUUAUAGAUUAUAAUUAUUAUUUAUAAAAAUUUUUAUAUAUUAAAAAAAUUAUUUUUUGAAUCAUAAAUAAAUUUACUUGAAUGAGGAUAUAAUUAAUCAUAAAAUUUAAAUUUUUAUAAUAUUUAAAUAAUGAUAAUUUUUCAAAUAAGUAAAAUAAUAAAUAAAUAAAUUAUUAUUUAAUUUUUUUAAAAUGAUUUUAUUUUCAAAAAUUGACCCCAAUAAGUGUUUUAUUUUAUUUUCAUUUUUUAAUAUGAGGAAAUAUUUAAGCUCCCAAUAUUUUAUUGAUUUUUAUUUUAUUUUUUAUUGGCAGGAUAAAAUACGAUGCUUGACAGCAUCCAAUUUGUGAAUUCUGCACGUUUCUUAAUGUGCAUAGGAAAAGUAGGUACCUGUUUAUUUUUUUUCUACUGAAAAAAAAAAGAAAUUAAAUAUACUAGAAAUAAUGAUAGAUUAAAGAGUAGUAAAAAUUAUUUAUUUAGUAGUAUAGAGAAAAAAAAAAAAAGUAUAUAGUCUACGAGUCAUUUUUAUAUAUCUAUAUAGAAAGCUUCAAUUGAUAAGAAAAGCAAGGGUAAAAGCACGUGGUGAGGGUCGAAAAAAAAGGUAUUUGAUUUAUGUUAUCGUAUUUUUUUAUUACCAUAAAACGAGUUGACAAUAUCAAAAAAAAAAAAAAAAAAUUCAUUGUACUCAUAAUGACCCUUUGAAUUUUGUUAUCUUAAUCAUUUUCCAAAAAAAAAAAAAAAAAAAACAAAUGUUUAUAAUAAUUAUAUCACUGACUAGGAUCCAAUAAUAUUGACGUUAAAAAUAUCGAUCUCUAAGGCUCAAGUUUUGUAUAAAUAAUUAACUAAAUCAAAGCAGAAUUAAUAUAUAAAACUUUUUUUAAAAAAAAAAAAAUCUAAAAACGUUACUUCACGUUAUGAUAAAUAUGGAGCUAAUAACCAAAAAAAAAAAAAAACAAAAGAAAAAAAAAAAAUGAAUAAAUAAAUAAAAUAAAUAAAAGUGUGAGUAUGAUAGUAUAUAUUGAUAUAAUAUAUUUAUGACGAAAUUCAAUAUAGUCUGGACUGAUCGGGGUGUGGUCCAAGGUCAUGAUGAUGAGUCGAAUGUUUAUAAUUGAAUGUUUGUCGUCAUUCCAUUCGCGUAAGAAAGUUGAAUGAAUCCUCUUGUUGCAAAAAUAGCUCUGGAGUAACUAUAUAAUAUUUAUAUAGAAAAUUAUUAAUGAAAAAAAAUAUAUAUAUAUUUAAUUAUAUACACAUAUAAUUGUGUGAUUUCAUAUGAAUAUAUAUGAAACUUGAAACAUGUAAAAUUUCAAUCAAUAAAUUUCUUAAUACUCUGAUGCAACAGAAAUAGCUAAAAGUAUUAACACAUGUAUAUGUAUGCGAGCAUUUGUAUGUGUAUAUGUAUAUACUGUAUCAUCUAUUGAUAAAAAAAAAAUAUAUAUACACAUACAUGUUUAUGUAGAUAAGUACUUUUUGCGAUAACGAAAAAAUAAAUAAAUAAAUAUUUAAUUUUGUAGUGUCUUGCAUAAUGUAAACUAAAUGUACACCGGAAAAUAAAAGUGCAGGAAACGCAGAUAAAUAAAACAAUAAAAAUAAAUUCGAAUACAUCAUAAAAAAUUUAAUAAAAAAAAAAAAAAUGAUAGCUUCUAUGACCAUUAGUGUACUAUUAUUACCACCA